AUGGAACCUGACGGGGCUGGCAAUGCCGGGAGGGACCCCGAUACACGAGCUGUGCCGCCGAAUAACCGCUUCACCUCACCGCUCGUCAUCAACAGCCCGGCCCGGCGAAGAAGUUUAUUCUCACGACCAAAGUCCCAGGAGGGCGCUAUUCGCCCGACUAGCUCGGGUUCGAUUUCUGACACCAACGCUGCGUCGCCGAACAACACGAAAAUCCCGCGCCCCGCCCAGCAACGACCAAUCACACUUUCAGAUGCCUACCGGAUGGCUGAGGAAGAGGAGGCCGCCCAAGGAUCGCCCAGCCCAGCACCGCGGUUAUGGCGAUCUCGGCGCGAAUCUACUGGGAAGAAACUGACGAAGCCGAAUCCCAGCACGCUAGGUGUGUUGGCGCGCGGCGGGUCGAAUGCGAAGCCUCCAGGACUCAUCCGUGACGGCAGCCAGAACGAGCGCCCCGGUUCAUCACAACAAAGCGACCUCUCGGACAGUACCUUUGACGAAAAGCUGCGUCAGUAUGCCCAAGAGCAGGCUAUUCCAGAAGAACCUAGCCGCCGCAGCACCGGCUUGUUUUCCAGAUCUAGGCUCGGGACUAAGAUUGUCGAGACCGGAAGGGAUUUACUAGUCCGCAGAUCCAGUCGGAGUAGCUUGGAGGAUUCCUCCUCUCCGCGGGCUGCCAAGGCGGCGGCAAGUAGUCCAUCGCUCUUGCGGCGAUUAUCUGGGAUAAGACGGGAGCCGAGCGACGCCUAUUCAGCUCCCGAACCGGCGGAUUGGGCUCAUCUAGCCGAACAUCCUGACGACGGGCCUCCGCAACCAAGCACGACGCCCCUAGGGCGACCUGCUAUCGCUCCUCCAGACUCCCAUACUUCCAACAAAAGCUUUGCUUGGCAAGCCGACGCGGAUUUUACAGCCGGUGAUUUCCAGGUGUCUAAUAGCCCGCCCGUGGCCAUCGGGCGCAGCAACACCAAAAUCGACGAAAUACGCGCCUUGGAAGCUGAGCUCAAUGGCCGCUUCGCCGAGGAUUCCAACCAACAACCCGAAAGCACCCUGGCUGAGGGCAUAGGCGCCGUCGAAACUUGGGCCUCUCCGAAGUUACCCAGCAAACCUCUCGAGUCGGGUCAGGGUGCCGGUAGUACGGAGGAGGCGGCACCUGAGGGUGGUGAUAGAGCAUCGCGCCCUCGGUCCGUUAGUCGAGCGAGUGUGAGAUUGGACGAGCUUAGAUCACGUGAAAUUGAGACUCUAUCUAGGAGGGCCCUUGCCACGGCUAGGCUAGAUGAGUUUCGGGAGAGAAAUAUUGCGAUAUCACGUUCGCCAUCUCCAGAUAUUGCACGAAAGUCCAGCAGAGAACCAAUACGAGCCUUCUCUCCGUUGCGAGAUAGAUUGCGGAGACGAGAGGAUGAAACCGUGGCUGCUACAGAACAAACCGAAAUGGAUCAGACCGACCAGAGCAGCCUUGGGUCAGCUCCCCCCACGGUCCAUCACCCCCCAGCCAAGACAGUCAGUACCGAAAUUCAAGAGGCGGGCGAAGGCCGAGAACCUCUAUCCAGUGGCGCGCAGCCGAAAGACGAUACGAACGACGUUAUAGGCCUGUUGAUCGCCAGCGGCGGCGGCAGCUCAGCGUCAGCAGCGCAAGUAGUUGCGAGUGAACAACCUCCCGCGCCUCGCGGCCAUGGGUCGCUAGCAGAACGUAUGAGACAGAGAAGGUCGAUUGGCGGCGCUAAGAGCGAUGUUAGGCCAACUGUUGGGUUCACCGGCCUCUCGAGGAGUUCCUCGGCUGAGUUGAGGGUGGCUAAGCGGGGAAGUUUUGUUCACUCAGACUCUGACCCUACGGAGCGUAUAGAAGGGGAAAUGAAGCUUUUCGCGGCGCAAGAGAACCAGUCAGAAAAAGGUUCUUUGCGAGCUUUGUCCCCGGACACCGAGGAGGAGGUACCUGCUGAGACACCAAAACCCACCAAGGUCGACCCUCUCACGCAGCCCACCCCUAGGGUGGUGGGAGCGUUUGUCGAGACGCCUGCAACAGUCAAGGUGGAAAAGCCCGAAAGCUCUGUCACAGCUGCGGCUGCUAAGGAAAGGGAGAGUGAAACACGAGAGGACGGCCACAGAUAUCCGACCAACAGCAGUAACGGAAGUUCCGAGAGCAGCGUGGACCCCAGGCCCUCACUUACGCAAGGCAAUAGGGAUGGUACUGUGACGCGCCAACAAAAGCGUGCGCAGUCAUCAAAGGGAGACAGAGUGCCCGGGCGAUCGUCGUCACUCUCUUCCCGACGCCGUGCCAGGUCAUUGUCCCGAAGCCGCAGGCCGUUGGCAAACUCGGCGAAACCCCCCACGGUCAGAGACGAUUUGUUGGAGAUCCAGAGAGCCAACCAAAUGGAUGAUUCGACCUUGGACGAUCUUGCGGACUUGCUCAACCACCAGGACCACCUUGACCCUAUCGUCCCGGAUGCUCGCUGGAUCAAGCCAGAGAACAACGAUAGCAGCAGCAGCAAUAGCAAUAACAAGCUUGAUGGCCAGAAGGAAUUGGAAGCAUACGACCGAAUGAGUCGCUCACUCGAGACUGGGCUCCUGGGCAUUCAAAUUGCAAAGCAGGGAAUUCAGCGCCUCGAGGACAAAGUCGCCCAGGCAGAUGUCAAGAAACCUUCGCAGCAUACGGCACACGACCAACAUAUUAAAGGAAACUCACCGUCGGAUGCAACGGUGACGUACGUCGCUUUCCCACUGCCUCGCCUCUGGCACCGGCGCCCUAAAUUCCGGUUCACGCUCUUCGGCCUCGGCCUCUUCCUGCUUUCUCUUUGGUACAUCGCGGAAUCAUGGAUGUGCUUCCGGUACUGCAAGCCCGAAUACUGUUAUCCUGGUGCGCCAUGCGAUUGGUCCUCGGACGACCCGGUCUGGGGCUACGCAAUUCCGGUAAAGUUGGAUCAAUGGGUAGCUGGGGGGCAGGGCAGGGAAUUCACACGCCAACUUGGGCCCGAGGUAGCUGACUGGUUGGCCGACCUGCGGGACGCCGCGAUUGGGGUCGACAUUACCGCAGUCGACACGUCUCGCUACAACUGGGAACAGAAGCGACGAUAUAGGAGACGGUUGGCUAGGAAGGGGCUCGCCAAGCCCUUUGUUGAACGCCCAGAAGAUAAGGACGUCUUCAACGGAUGGAAGUCUGUUAGGGAAGCCAAUGCAAAAGUCCAGUCGGCGCAAGAAAUGGGGUACGGUGUGAGCGAGGAUGAGAGUAUCGGUGGUGACCAAAGGACUUAG